AUGUCGGGGAAAGACCGUAGAUCAGGAAAUAGCACUACAGGUAGGAACGGCUCAAUCAGAAGUUUCUUCAAGCCCGCACCACCGCCGCCGCAGUGGCUUGACACGAAUCAUGGAGCUAUCAGCAGCACCAUCGCCCCCCUACAAACAUCACCAGCAGCCGCACAGCUACACGCCGAAGCUGGGAUCCAAGAUACAAUCACUGUCCAAUCCACCCCAUUAUCCACAGACAGCUCGUUCACAGAGCCGUCAAUACCAUCGUCGUCACUCCCAGGCUCGCAGGCCACCGCGCAAUCAAGAGUAGUGCCCAGCUCUGAUGGCGAGGAAUCAGACGACUCCCUCGAAGACCCAUUCGAGACCCUCCGCCGGCAGCGGCGAAAGAUUGAGCCCGCCUCGGGGGUCAAGAAGGCGCCCAGUAUAGCCACCACUCCACCGUCACUACGAACACCCAGCGCGGCUGUCGAAGCUCCACCGGUGCGCAACUACAGGUUCUCUCUCGAAAACCUCGUCGCGCAAAAGGAACGGGAUACCGCGCUUGAGAAGGAGAAGUUAGCCGCCAAGGCUCUGCACGAAGAGGCCACCCGCGAGAUCACGACAGACUUCAGGAACGGGGAGCAAGAGAUUGAUGAGGCCAUGUUGAUCGAGGCUUUUGGCGAGGUUGAAGCGCGCAAGUUGAUGGCCGCCUUGAAAAGGAAGGACGCCUGGAGAGUUGACAAGUCAUGGCACUUUUUCGACCUGGAGAGGGGCAAGCGGAGGGACCUAUUUCCUCGACAUGCUGUGGAAGGUGGGGGCUGGGAGGCUGGGCUUGUGACUGCCAGGGGCCGGAGACAGAUGUUUCUGUCUGGCUUUGUAAUGGAUAUGGCAAAAAUCGAUGCUGUGCUGCCCGACGAGGCCUUAAGCUGGAUGCUUGACGAAGUGUGCCUGGAAACUAAGGACGAGCUUUCAUUUGCAUACUUUAGGGUUCUUGGGGCCCUGCCCAUCCCGGUAGUAGAACAGCAAUUCACGGAAGAGAGGGUAUCUCGCCUCUUUCAUCUGCUCGGGGGUAAAGAUGAUGCCCUUGACACGGAAAAACAAGUAGUCUUAGCAGAUUCGGGGGGAAUAGACGACCAGGAUGGUAAUUUCUACAACGCUACACUCGUCACCACACUUUUUGGGAGAAUAGCCCCGUACAUUUGCUCUAAUACUGCGGUUGUUAAAAAGACUUGCGUACUACUAGUACGGCUCGCAUUGGACGUGCGUGUAGCAAGGCAGGCUCAAUUACGGGCUUCGAUAGAGGAUGCCCUAGCCGAGCUAUUCGAGUCAAUACCGGACGAUAACUGGGCAGAAGUAUCCAACGAAAUUGCCCUUAAUCUUAUCACGACAAUACUCGAUACGCCAUACCGCCUACGUGCUGUCAACGCCCUCCCAGUGCAUACACCCCGCACGCAUCUCUUCCGCCGCCGUCUUGCGCUCUCGUAUCUCUGGGAUGACUCUUCAUACCUCACAAAACCCUAUGCUGACCUAGUCCGCAUCUCCGACCUUGAAAAGCUGCUGGCAAGGCCGCAGUACAAGAUCACCAAAGAGACCAACUACCAUGACCUCAAAGCACACAUCUCCAUGCUCGACAUUGCAAUUGACGAUGGGCCCACCGCGCGCGAGGACCACGGGGACAACGACGGGGAAAUAGACAUACUUGUGGAGCGCCUGCGAAACCUGUUUGGCCGCAUAAAUGACACGAACGCCCAGAACCUGACUAGGACUGAGGCAAAGGACACGAUCGAGAGACUCAACUUUAGGCUACGCUUUGCUGUCAGGACGAAGGUCAAGACGCAACUGGUGGUGGACACGGAUACGGGCCCUGAGUGGGUGGGCAGAGAUGGAAAGGUGCAGACGAGGCUACCAUGGGCAGGAGGGGGGGAGAGAGGAGGCAGUGCUGGUAAUGGAUAG